AUGAAUGUCGUACAGGGUUUACUGUCGGCUGUUACUCCGCUAUCCGAUGGUGAUUUUGCUGAUCGCCUUAACUACUGCGUAACCACCGUCGGCUUGGUAUUAACGUCCGCGUUCAUUUCUGGAUGGAGCUUCGUCGGCUCCCCCAUCCAAUGCUGGUUCCCAGCUUAUUACAAAGGAUGGUGGAUGGAAUACGCAUUAGAUUAUUGUUAUGUACAAAAUACGUAUUUUGUACCGAUGACGGACGUAAAAGUUCACAAUGCAUUCGAUUUUGCCAGUCAUAUGGUGGAAUUACCGACAAACUAUGCUGAACGAGAUGAAAAACAGAUUGGAUAUUACCAGUGGGUACCGUUUAUACUUGCCGCGCAAGCGAUAUUGUUCUAUUUGCCAGUAGUAAUUUGGCGAUCAAUUUAUGAAAGUUCUGGGUUCAAAGUGAAAGCAAUCUGCGAGACUUGCAACCCAUAA